AAAGAGGAAGCAGACAAAGGUUGGGAUUCUUCUCUGAUAUCCAAAAUCCUCUGGGUCAGGCAUGAAAUAUAUAGAGAGAUAUUCUACUUCUAAAAAAAUUAUGCAACUAUACUUGUCACCAAAUCUAGCUUAUAUAUAAAUACCCAUUACCAUUUUCUAGUAUUUUGGACAUAGAUGGAAGCAGAGGGAGAGAUAGUGAUGGAGGUUAAAAGUACUGAGAACGAAAAACACUGUAAAAAUGGUAGCUCGAGGGCUGCAAAGGAAGAAGAAGAAGAAGAAGAAAAAGAGAUACAGAAGAGAAUAUUAGGGCAUCCUUUGUAUUCCCUUUUAGUUGAGACACAUAUCGACUGCCUCAAGGUGGGCUUAGGUGAAAUCGCAAAUGUUGAUCCGAAACAACAAGCAAACGUAGAACCUCAAAGUCCCAAAAAAGGAUCUUCCGACCUCAGUCUCUUCAUGGAUUGUAUGGCAUUUGGCUCAAAACUUUUUAUCUUUUUGGGCAAGCAGGAAGCAUAUUGCGUUGCCUUGAACAAGCUCAAAGAGGCGAUGGAGGAAUCAUUGCAAGAGACGGCAAAAUUUAUUAAGGCCAUGCAUAAUCAAUUAGCGGAGAUCAAUGACAAGGAUCAGUGAAAAAAUCCAAA